AUGGCAUCAAAAAAGAAGGUAAUUACUAUAGGUAUAAGUGGAGCGUCCUGUUCUGGUAAAACAACAUUGGCAAGAUUGCUUCAACAAAUUUUACCGAAUUCUAAAAUAUUUUAUCAAGAUGAUUUUUUUAAGCCCCAAAAAGACGUUCCGGUUGAUGCCCCUACAAAUCUGGUAAAUUGGGAUUGCCCGGAAGCAAUAAAUUUCUCGGAUUUCAUAGAAACCCUACAACAACUUCGCAAAACCGGAUUCAUGCCUGCUACAUUCGAAUCAAAGGAAUAUCGAAAUAUUCGUCAAGAGAUCAAAGGUGUUGAAUUAGAAUCACUAAUUGAAAAUUUAUCUUUAGAAGUUAGAAAAGUUUUAGGUGAUGUUGGAAAGGUUUUGCAAGAGAACAAAAUAUUAGUUAGAGAGCAAAAUGAUGUUGACAAGAUCAAUGGAUCGGAUAUUCGCAAAUUUAAUGGAAAUAUUAAUGAACAAGAAAAUAACGAAUGGUGUUUUGUGAUAGUGGAUGGAUUUUUAUUGUAUCAAGAUGUGCAGGUGGUAAAUGAGUUGGAUGUUAAAUUAUUUAUUAAAGCGGAUUAUGAGACCUUAAAGAAGCGAAGAGAAGAAAGGAACAGUUAUUUUACACUUGAAGGCAAUUAUUGGAUUGAUCCACCAAAUUAUUUCGACAGUAUCGUUUGGCCGGAAUAUGUUAAAUAUUAUAAUUACCUAUUAUCCAGAAACAAGGAAAUUGGAUCUACAAUCAACGAUUUAAUCGUGUUAGAAUCCGUUAAUAAACAACAAAUCAAAGAAAAUAUUGAAAAAAUCGUUAUGAUGACUCUUAAAGUUGUUGAGAAGAGCAACAUCUAUAAUAAUAUCAAAAGCAGCAAUGAAGGAAAUAGAGAUAACUUCGAGAAUUUUAAUGCUAAGCUUAACAAUACCAAAAGUGGAAUGAUAGAAAUCAGAAAGAAAGAAGAAAGUAGUAACGGACUUAACAAUGAAAUCCCUGUAUACAGUUAA